CCAAGUUCUGUGUUUUACCUAAUUUAUCAUACAAAUGAGAAUUUAUCCUCCAUUUUAUUUUUGAUUCCUCUUCUCAGAUUAACAUGUCUGUGUUGGCAGACCUGUCGAGGUUCGUAGACCUGACAGAACCCAGAUUCUGCUUCGCUGUCAUUGCUAUCAUUUUCAACCCUUUCUUCUGGAAUGGGGUUGCCAGAUGGGAGCACAGGACACGGGGCCUGACUAGACUUUUCGGUGGACCUUAUGAAGCCUGUUAUUUCCUUGGCGUUCUUAUACUCCUCCUCAACGUUUACCGUAGUCACAGUAUUACAGUUGCUAUGAAGGGACAGCCUCACUGGGAGCUGCUGGAUAAUGUACAGGUGUACUAUGCAGGAGCAGCUCUCAUGGCACUGGGUUCACUGUUUGUUUUCAGCAGUUUCCUGGCACUGGGCUUUACCGGCACCUUUCUGGGUGACUAUUUUGGCAUCCUCAUGGAUCAAAAGGUGACUGGUUUUCCUUCUAACGUGAUGGACAACCCCAUGUACUGGGGCAGUACUGCUAACUACCUUGGCCUGGCCUUAAUACGAUUGUUCCUGAGACUAUUCCAGUCUGUUUCCUCAGUACACCCUUGUGUGACUUACCUGUUUUCCCUCGUCCAGAGACUCCUCCAUCUCCCUGGUGUUCAUACUCCACGUCCUUUGGAUUGUGAUACUUACCACACUCAAGCCUGCCGUUAUCUGCAAGAGAAAAGACGGUCAUUCAUCAGUAUUAUACUCACAGCGCCCGUUGAUGCAUCUGAACUUCCCUACUGUCCUACGAAAGCUUCAUUAAAGGAAUGCCAGUCCUAUAGGGGUGGUCCUGACUGCAGUUGUGGGUUUGUCCUACAGGAUAGCUAUUGCGUAUGAGGGACCAUUCAUGGAGGAGAUAUAUCGACAGAUGAGCCAGCGCUGCAAGCACAAAUAGAAAUCGAGCAUGUUUAAGGAUGACACCAAACUUCCUGACUCAUGGAUAGUGCUGACACUGCUAGAUCUUAGAUAGGCAAAUGGAGACUUGUGGAUGGAGACGGGGAAUGCCCAUCAAUUUCAAAUGUAACUGAUGCAUUUACAACAUCCAAAUGACAUGGAACUGUGGUCAUGACCUGUGUUACCCUGAAUUGGGUACGGUCACUUAUUGAUUUGUGAAUGAUCACAGCUGAAAACUGCACAUGAACAAUAGUUUUAUACUGAUAUGUGGAAAAUUAAUUGGCAAAUACAACUUUCAGCAAUUUUUUUUUCUUUUCUUUAAAAAUGGAAGGCAGACUGUGAAUGCAAUGACAAUCUUUAAUGGUAGUAAUCAAAUAUAAUUUUUUUCUGUAUCUAUCCAAUCUGUAGUUCUUUUUGACAUCAUUUAUCAUAACCAUAAAAGAUGCAAUUGUUGUUGUUGUUUUUCCAUAAUUUAUUCCUAAUGCACAGUACAUCCAGGUUGAAAUCAUAUGGUCUAUUUGUUGUAUUGUGACGAGAUUGUAAAGCUUUGAUCUGUAUAACUUGAAAAAGAUUUGGAUAAGUACGUUUGGAAGUUUCCUUCCAAAUACAUAUCCCGAUGAACAAUUAUAUUCUUUUUCUUGCCAGACUGAAUGGUACAGGUACCCAAAACCCCACUCAUAAAUCUAAUGUUAUACAAGACAUUGAUUAUUUAAUAUACACCAAUCAGCCACAACAUUAGACUUUGUCAGUUCAAACCAGUCUGGCCAUUCACAGUUGACCCCUCUCCUCAACAAGGCAUUUCCAUCCACAGAACUGCCACUCACUGAAUUUUUUUGUUUUUGGCACCAUUCUAGAGAAUGUUGUGCAUGAAAAUCCCAGGAGUUCAGCAGUUACAAAAAAUACUCAAACCAGCCCAUCUAGCACCAACAAUCAUGCCACGGUCCAAAUCACUGACAUUUUUCCCCAUUCUGAUGGUUGAUGUGAAUAUUAACGGAAGCAUCUGACCCGUAUCUGCAUGAUUUUAUACACAGCACUGCUGCCACACGAUUGGCUGAUUUGAUAUUUGCAUGGAUAAUUAUUGUGCCAGAUAGGCUGGUUUGAGUAUUUCUGUAACUGCUGAUCUUUUUAUUUACCGGUAUUUACUCUGAAUGUUGCCAAUAACAAAAAAACUUCCAGUGAGUGGCAGUGAGAAUGGUCAGACUGGUUCGAACUAACUAAGUCUACUGUAACUCAGAUAACCGCUCUAUACAAUUGUGAUGAGAAGAAUAUCAUCUCUGAAUGCUAUUUUGAUAUACGGGUUUGUCGGCACGAAGGGCACCUACACAAUAUUAGGUAGGUGGUUUUAAUGUUGUGGCUGAUUGGUGAUCGGUGUAUAAAUUUGACAUCACUUCUACAGAACAUUUCUGCUGUAUGACCUAAUCUUACAAUCACUUAACAAAAGAAAUAGCUUCUUAAGAGGAUAAAUAUUUAGUGUCACUUGCUGUUGCACCUACCUAGGGUUAGGGAUUGAACAAACCCAUAACCAUUCAAUUUUGGCAUGUCAAUUAUUUUGCACUAUCUGUGCUAUAGACAUGAUACUUCAAAUUGUGUGGCGUUUUGGGAAUUACAUUGAAAGAGGGACCUGAGCCAUAUCAAGUGACUAGAAGCAGCCAGUAAGAAACCACCCAGCAAUCCCCAGAAGAACCUAUCAACCAUUCAAAGCAGCUUAGCAACCACCCAAACAUCAUGGCAGGAUGCAUGAGCAAGCACCAUUUACAUUUUCUUCAGAAAAUUUCAAAUCUAGUUUGCACUUGUUUUAGUUCUAAAACCAUUACAAAUUCUAUCAAAUCUCUUAUUCAGUGCAUGGCGCACACAGCCACGUCUUAAAAUUGGUAUAAUAGCUCUUUUCUUUUCUUAUCAGGGAUCAUAUUCAUAAGAACCACAGUUACAAAAGAACAGACUCUGUCUCUCACAGGUUUUGGUGCUGCUGCAGUA